AUGGAGCGUAUGUUGGGUAAGUUAUACUUUUUAUUUUCAUAAUUAAUAUAAUCUAAUACAUAUUUCAGAACGAAUAUUGAAACAAGAAGAGGAAGAAGGAAGUAAUAAUGGAAAGAUGGAAGAACAAAAUGUGCAAUUUUUAAAUGCUACUAUCAAAAUCCCAGUUUUCUAUAGUACAAGGAAUGUAAUUCCUGAAAGUAUUCGUUUUGGAGAAUCAAAUAUUGAAGUUGACCCAAAUUUUGAACUUGGUCGUUUGAAUUCUUCACUUUAUCAAGGACCUUCAACUUCAGGAAGUUUUACUGGAAGAAGUUUGACAAAUGAUUCAUCUUGGAAUGGUAAAGGUUUCAUAUUUUCUUUCUAUAAAUUUGAUUUCAUGAUACAUUUUGCAGACAAUCUCACAAAUUGCAUUAAAAAUGGGAAACUUGAUGUUAUAAGUGCAGGUCAACUAUUGAUCAACUUUGGCGGACCAAGUGAUCAAAUAAUUGAUGAAUUCGUUGCUCAAAAUUAUUCAAAAAUCACUGGAGCAUUAACAACAUCUUCAAUUUUGGACCCAAAUUGUUCGCAUGCUUUACAAAUUGGAAAUUUCAUAAUGGUUCAAGUGAAUUCAAAAAAACUUGAAAACAUGGGAAAAGUUGCAACUCGUCAAACAAAUGUUCAACAAAACAUUGAUCUCGGUCCAAUUAUGGGUUCAUUAACAAAUUUGCGAAAUAUCUUCGAAAUCACAAAUGAUCCACCAUUUUAUCAAGUUCAAAUUGAUCUUCGAUGUUUUGAUCCACCGAAAAAAGGACUCAAACAACAUAUAAUAAUGCGUGAUUAUCUUUAUCAAAUUCUGACUAUCCUUACAUUCCCAGCUGAAGCUAUCAAAAAUUACACAUAUCGUGAUAAUCCGCGUAACUUCUCAAAUAAUGGUGGAAAUUGUGAUGAUAAUCAAGAAAGUGAUUCAGAAGAAAACGAAGAACAUUCUGAAGAUGGAUCAAAUAAUAUGCCACGUGGAAGAUUUAAAGAUUUACCUGAUCAUAUUGUCAAAGUUCUCCUUAAUUUAUUCUUUGAAUAUUUUGGAUUCAAUUCGCCAAUGUAUACAACUUCACCAGAUGAUCUCGAAACCGACAUGUUUGUUUAUUUUUAAAAAAUAUUUUUUUGAAAUUUAAUUUUCUUUUUUUCAGAGAAUUCAUGUGUCUUGGAAAUACAUUUGAAGAGCGUUUCAAUGCACUUCGAGAACGUCGGCAAAUUUUGAACAAUUUCACAAGUGCCACAUUUCCAUCAAUGUUGAAAAAUGCGUUCUGUGAAAUUCGUCUUUCAACAGUUGAAAACAAUGAUGGCAAAAUCGUAUGGUCAAAGAGAAAGGUAAAACUUUUUCAUCAAAAUAUUCUAAAUAUAAAUAUUUUUUUUAAUUUCAGAGAGUUGCCGGAUUCCGCCAAUUAACAAAUAACAAACGAAAAUCUGCAGCAGCUGGAAGUUCCGAAAAACGUGUUAGAAAAUAA